ACGCGUAUUUUAUUACAGAAAAGCUUAGUGUUUUAAUUUUUGACAGCACGUCCCGAAUUAGGUUUUGAUGGCUGUAGCGCACGCAAGAGGCAUUGGUUUUGAAACUGAAUUUAGAGGUUCGACGCCGGUCAUGACUUCCAUGAAUUUAGGAGCCGCCAAAGACUUGUUGUUGCUUUACGAGACGCUUAUGGAUGAAGAAGAACAGCGGGAUCUGCUAUGCCAGGACCAAACGCUGCUCAACUUUCUAGUUUACGUUCUCCAGGAGACGACAGAUGAGAUCGUGAUGCUGUCCCUCAAGGUUCUGGCUGCCCUGUGCGCUGAUGACAACAGAUGUGCGAUAGUCUCACAGACCUUCGGUCUCUCACCUUCGCUGGAGCUGCUAACUUCUGGGGCCCAAGACUUUGGCGUGAAAGAAGCUGCACUGAGACUCAAGAUGCGCCUGCUCGAGGCCAAGGUGGCGCUGCUCGCCAGGCAGCAAGAAGAGGCAGCCAUGGCUGACAUGCGGCUAUCGUUUCGAGAUUCCCACAGCGCUCGGAAAGAUGGCAGUUUUGUUGCAACAACCCCAUCUCCAGCUAAGUGCCCACCAUUUAUUGGACAGCACAAUGGGGCGGCAAAAGUUGUUUCGCUACGCAUCGAGGGCCUCUGUUCUCAGAGCGACAGAGAAUUGUGCAAAGAGAAGCUGCUCGCCAUCCGAGGUGUGAUCAGCUUCACAUUCGACAUCGAGAAGCGGCGGUGUGUCGUCCGAGUUAGGUCGGAUCUCUCGGCACGGGCAUUGAUACAGGCUAUCAAGUCCACGGGAACAAUGUCGGCAAUGCAGGUGGCCAAUAGUGCCAUUCCAAAAACACCAAGCAAUAGCAAAGCCAAGCCCUCAGCUGGAGACUCUCACCUUGAGAUUGGCCACGAGGCAGAAGCCAGUCGGAAGGUUGCGGAGAAUGAGGAGGAGGAAAAAGAAGAAGAUGAGGACGAGAGAGAAAUCCUCCCGGCCUAUCUCCCCGAGGCGGACAGUCCGAUCCGAGGGGACGCGAUUGUGCGGCAAAAGAAGACGAAGAGCUCCUCAGCCGCCAGCUGGCUUGGGACAGCUGCCACAUUCAUCACCAAGUCGCUCUACUGGUGAACACUCACUCAAGCUCAGUGACAUUGCGAUCUUUGUCGGUGACACAACGAAACACUUGCGAACUUCGAUGAAGACAUGUUCUAACAGUGCAUGGUGUUUAUUGGUCGUAGCUCUGUGGUGCAUUGUUGAAAUGAAAAAAAAAUCCCGAUUCAAAGUGGUGUCGCCUGUUCCACCAGGACAAUAUGGUUGCAUUUUGUCUGGCGACCCAUUUUAGCGUAAUACAACUAUACAUAACACUGUCAUCACCGUUAACACCUCAGUUGCCUGUGAGGUUUACGUAAUGCGCUAGCGAAGCUGCAUUGCACGUGUAAGCCUGGCAGGUGGAAAAAGCAGUAGUGAUUUACUAAAAUGCUCCAAUGUGCUACGAUACCUUGCGUUGCAAGUUGUAAGUGCCCUCCUUUUCAGUUUGCCUCUGUUUUUUGCCAUAUUGCACUCUUAAAAAAAAAGCAAAUAGAAAAAACAAGUUGUUCAUAAUAGAUCCGUGCCAACUAGGCAGUUUUAACAUGGUUUUUUGGUACCUUGUGUUGCAUGACUCUUGGCUGCCAGCACAAAACGAGAGACGCUGAAGAGAACUGUUUAAGUGACACUUCUUAAAAUACAAAUAGGUCGUAUUGUAAGCAGAAGCUAACGCUGCAUAAUGUCAUGGACCUUGGCAGAAUCCGGUUGACACUAAAAUUACCUGUUCAUGAUAGUAAAGAAUAACAUAGCAAACAAAAAUAAAUUAGAACUCUGGCUGGGAACGUUUGUAGGCUUUUCCUGAGUGAAACGAUUGAAGUAAAUGCAAAUGUUGCGAAGUUUGUGUCUACAAUGCAAAAUUUGACCAUUCCUCUUGCUAAUAAAUGAUACCUUGUAAGGAGUGAUUAAUAUAGAGUAAUCCGAAAGCCUACAUAAACCAUGAAACAGUGCGUUGCAAAUCUUUACAAAGUUUUUGGGUGCAUCUUGUAUUGUAAGACACACCAUCAACGGAGUUGAUGGUGCGUAUAAUCUUUUUUCCAUGAAUAGAGUUGAUGGAAAACAGCGUCCCUCAUGGCCUUGGACUCUCUGUCAUCAUUCCAGCUACACCUAAAGCUGCGUGCUGUGGCCGCACAAAACCAUUCCCAUCAUCGCACCAGUCUUUUGCAUUUAGCAUGGCCUCAUGAUCGUGUGGUGUCAUGCCACCCAUAUCAAAAGGAGGCGGGGGGAGGGAGGCAUGCAUGUAAGGUGUUAACACAGUGGUGACACUCUCUGCCACUAGAUGGUGCCACUAGCUCACCAAAGAUAAACGGGUGGUUUUAAGUAAAGUUGGCUUGUUUUUCCAAGGCAGAAAGCGUCAGUGUGGCUACGGGGCCGUCAUUACUAGCAAAUGUGAAGUGCCACCAGCAUGCAGUCAGCGCUUUCUCUUCAUCAUGGCCGUUGCCACCAUUAGUCGGCUGAAAUGUGCGAUAUAUGUACAUUUACAAAGUGUACGAAGCAAGCUUUGCAGCUGGGGAAACCUUAACUGUGCUCAAUCGUUAUCACACGAUAGGCUUCGAGUCCCAGCCACGUCAGUGUGUGUUGUCCCUUACACCGUCGCUGCCUGAGAAGCACUUUGCUUUGCCUUUCAUUGGCAUGCUGUAGUGGCUGUUGCCUGCCCUUUCACUGCCUCUCAACAUGUACCUGCCACCACUGUCGUCCUUUUGCAAUGUCUAAAGUGAGGCUAUACCCGAUGUUGGCCUGACGUAGGGUUGUGCAUAUAUUCAAAUAUGAAUAGAAUAGUCUUUGAUACUUGAUUCAAGAGUCUGCUGUUAGAAAUUGUCGAAUAUUUGUUUCUAAUACUUCAAAGAACAGCAGCACUUACUAAAGUCUCAUAUGUUAGAGAACGAUGGAAGUGAGGACUGUGCUGAACGAAUCUCGUGCUAGGGAGCUGCAGUUGUUGCACACUGGUGCCAAUUCAUGAGCAACUGCAUCGGGCAGAGAACCUGUGCUCAAUUAUUAUCGGUCAUCCAUUACGAAUACUCGCUGUUAGGCACCCUACAUGCAAAUUUGUUGCCUCGAUUUAGGCAAAGCAAUUUAUUAUUUUGCCAUUCGCACCAUGUUUCCAUUGCGUUAAAGCAAUGUGAAGCGCUGUAGCAUCACACUUCUCUGCUUUAAUGAACUCGACAUUCUAAGUGCAUCUCGCAAUGUGCUGUUCCUUUUUUUUUUUCAUUACUGUCGUUGUGACGAUGCACCAGAUAACUGAAAGCAAUGGUUUCUCAUUUACAAGCGAUCCCAUUUGCGAACAGCAUUAUACAUUUACAUAUGCACGUAAAUAAACCACAUAAAUGAUGCCCAUAAGAUUUGUUUUUUUCCGAGAGGCUUAAUGCAAGCUUUACAUUUUACUGUGUUUAGGGAAAAAAUAUUCGACUUGAUAUUCGGAGGUCUGUUUACACUAAUAUUUGACUCGAUUUGCAAGAUUCACUAUUCAAGCACCCUUACCCUAAAACUGAAGCAACCAUUCACAUAUGGCAACUUAGCAUGCAAAUUGUUUGCUUCCAAAAAUAAAUUGCUUCUUUCUUUGGGAUGA